AUGGCGCCCUCUUUCAUGGAUGCCUGGACGAAAGCGGUAGAAGCUGAAAAGAGUCUCCUACAAUGCUUCUCUCAAGAAAGGCGCACAUUUGAUGAAUUCGAACAUUUUCUUUCCGAAUUCCGGACAUCCUGCCAAAAUGCAAUCCUUAUCGACUUCAAUGCCGCCCGCGAGGCCGAUGUGGAGGGUCGUCUGUGGGAUGCGCAUCUCAAAGUGAACAAUCGGUUUCGAAAGCAGCUUCUACGCUUUCGCGAAGAGCACGGAAAAAAGAAACCAGUUGAAAGGCGUAAACUCGAACGUCAUUACCUCGAUUUUAUAAAAUCAAGCCAGCGAUUCUACCGGGGAUACAUCCAGCAUCUGUCGUCGCGCUUUGGGGGAAUUGUGGAGCUGGAGAGAGUUGCGCGCAAGUUCAAUUUCGAGAGUAAGAAACAUAGUGAAGCUAUGCGCCGGGUUUCUCGCCAUACUAACCCGCGGAUGUAUUUAGACUUGUCAGGCCAACCUCCCAUUAAGCCAUCCAAUGACCUGCGCAUGCUUAUCCUUCAGUCGUGUCACUCGACCCUUAUUCGACUGGGAGAUCUUUCCCGCUAUCGUGAAUCGGAACUCGUCAGCAAAGAUCGAAAUUGGGGCCCUGCAAUCGGCUAUUAUGAUUUGGCUUCUGUGAUCAACCCUGCAUCGGGUGCAUCCCAGAACCAAUUAGCAAUCAUUGCUCUAGCUGAUGGAAACCAUCUUCGUGCUACAUAUCACCUUUACAGGGCUCUCUCGGCCCAAGAACCUCACCCUACGGCGAAGGGCAAUCUAGAGAUCGAACUUCGGAAAAUCAUGAGUGCCUGGGCUAAAAGAGAGUUGAUCCGCCCUGAAGAUGCCGGUAUUCCUGGAAGAGCUCUGACCCCCUGGUUCCUCUAUCUUCAUGCCAAAUGUUACAAGGGAACUGAUUUUCCAGAGCAUGACGAGUUAGAGAGUGAGGUCCUAAGUCAACUAGCAGUCGAAAUCAGAGAAAGAUCACUUGAGGGCACACUCCAGAAGUUCUGUCUUAUCAACAUUGCGGCCGAGGAUUUCGCCAAGGUCCGAUCUAUUGAGGAAUCUGUCUCCGAUGCCGGUGUAUUUUUCCAGCGGAUCAAUGUAAAAACAUUUUUCACUUUGCUGCAAAUACUUUUGGUUGAAUUAGAACGGACUGCUUCCUUUGAGGAUUUGGGCAAAGAUGCUCUGCCGAGUCCAGACAAGGUUUCAGUGGUUGCCCGCCGAAUUUUGCCUGCACUUCGUCAUUACAGCUCCUGGCUACUCACAAACAGCCAGUCUUUAGUCGAGCAGAAAGAAGAAAAGGAUUCAGCGCUCUCGAUCCAGAUUAAAGAAUUCUGGAAGAUUUAUGCUGGCACACUGAGCCUACUCGCAUCUUCAUUCGAUGUGGUCAGCCUCCCCGAGGUCGAUUACCUACUUGAAGAGGACGAAGAAAGUCUUGGCUUUGCGCCUCUCGAUCAGGAUGCUACAUCUCGCCGAUACGUUGGAGGCGGUGAUCAGCCAAAACCUCGGAUGCACGAUCUUGGGGUAGAAAGAAGCCAUCCUAAUAUGGAAAUGCUCUACCGAAUUCGCGAAUUUGUGAUUGAUGGACUUGAUCUGGUCGUGAGAGGUAAAAUUCCGGUGGCUCUUGUAGAUAACGAAGACAAGAAGACCUUUAUCUACCAAGAAGAGGAUCUUCCUUCGCAAUUCUAUUCCAGCCCUCAUGACCGAAAUCAUGCGCUUUCAACUGCGAACAUUGAGCGCGAGGAUAUUCCACAAGCAACCCAACCUUCUUACACUGCCGCCGAAGCCCAAAGCCUAUUCGGCGGCUCUCAAUCCGCAUCGGCAUCUAUGUCUGCAAAUAUGCACCAAAUUGUUGAGGGCGUCGAACGACUUGUUGAUUCGGACACCUAUGAAAAUCCCUCCAAGGACCAAUAUGCUUUCCUGAGCCCGGUUGGAGAGAUGCCGACGCCUACACAUGUCUCGCCUAAUCCCAAUUUUUAUCCAUUUGGGAAACAGAACUCGCCGCCAAUCAAUGCUCCAAUUGCUCCUCCGCCUGGGCUUGGGCCUCCAGUGGUCAAGGCGGCCGAUUCACUUCAAUCGUCGUCAACCCAGUCAUACGCCCCAAGGCCUGCUAUUCCCAGUUUCCCCAGCAUCUGGACUCCAUUGGUUAACAACGCCCCUCCACGAACUCCCCCUGGUCUCGGUCCAUCCAUGGGGCAGCAAGCUCCGCUACACCCCAUGGCUGCCGGAAAUCCCAUGCCAUCCGAACAUUCACCAUCGCACAAUCAGCUUGCAAAUGAGAUGAUGCUUCGACAGCGCCUCGUGGCCCAGAGUCAAUUCCCGAACACCAUGGAUGUAGGAUCAAUGCCUACGCCAUGGAAGUCAUCCAACAUGUCUCCCCCGCAGCCCCACCCCACCGGAAAUGGCUGGGAGCAUAGCCGAACGGCAUUCGGUGCAUUUGAGGUACCAAGCCAAUCAACAUCCAGCAGCUUAGGUCAUCCCUCGUGGGCAAACGAAGCUUUCAUUGCCAGCAGGCUUGCAGGCGCAACUCCCUACAGUGCUGGUAUUGGGGGACCCAAGGGUCCAACCCAACUCGAAGCAAUCGGGCAAACGCCACCCUGCGGCCAAGGAGGCUGA